AGAGAGAGAGAGAGAGAGAGAGAGAGACAGAGAGAGACACAGAGAGAGCGAGAGAGAGAGACAGAGAGAGAGAGAGAGACAGAGACACAAAGAGAGCCCUGAAGAAGAAAGGUGUUGAGAAGCAGACAGACGGACCAUGAGACUGGUGUGUUUAGUCUUUACGUGCCUGAUGGCGCUGUGCUUGGCGGGCAGUGCGAGCAGCAUGUCCACCUGUAAGACUCUAGACCUGGAGCUGGUUAAGAAGAAACGCAUCGAGGCGAUCAGGGGACAGAUCCUCUCCAAGCUGAGGAUGCCCAAGGAGCCGGAGGAGGAGCAGACAGGAGCGGGGAAGGAGAUCCCUGUAGCGCUGCUCUCUCUCUACAACAGCACCGUGGAGCUCAGUGAGGAGCAGAAACUACAGCCGCAGCCCACCACAAACACACUGGAGGGAGAGGAGGAGUACUUCGCCAAGGAGGUCCACAAGUUCACCAUGAAGCAGGAUAAGAAUGUCACCAAGUACCAGAUGCUGUUUAACCUGAAUGAGAUGAGGUCCAGCAUUGGGGACUACCAUCUACUCUCCAGCGCUGAGCUCCGCCUGCUCAUCAAAAACCCAAACAUCCAAUCUGGCAGCGAGCAGCGCCUGGAGCUCUACAAGGGGCUGGGCGACAGUAGACGAUACCUGGGAUCACGCUUCGUCACCAACAAGUGGGGUGACCGCUGGCUGUCUUUCGACGUCACUGAAACCCUCAAGGAAUGGCUGAAGGGGACCGAGGAAGAGCAGGGCUUUGAGUUGAAGCUGUACUGUGAGUGUGGUAAACCCACGGAAUCGUUCCUCUUCAGUAUCUCUGGGUUGGACAGCGGGGUACGAGGUGACGUGGCUGGUCUAGCCAAGAACAUGAGGAAGCCUCAUAUCUUGACCAUGUCCAUCCCCCAGAACUCCAGCUCACAGCUCACCUCCUCACGUAAGAAACGGGCCACCGCUACAGACGACACCUGCACAGAUAAAACAGAGAACUGUUGCAUGAGGAAACUCUACAUCGACUUCAGGAAAGAUCUGGGCUGGAAGUGGAUCCACAAGCCAAAAGGUUACCAUGCCAACUACUGCAUGGGCUCAUGCACCUACAUCUGGAAUGCUGAAAACAAAUACUCUCAGAUCCUUGCCCUGUACAAGCACCACAACCCAGGUGCGUCGGCCCAGCCGUGCUGUGUACCCCAGGUCUUGGCCCCUCUGCCAAUCCUCUACUACGUAGGGAGACAACAUAAGGUGGAACAGUUGUCCAACAUGAUUGUGGAGAGCUGUAAGUGCAGCUAGAAGUCAUAGGUCAUAUCCCCUCUAUCUCCUCCCCUCUAUCUCCUCCCCUCUAUCUCCUCUAUCUCCUCCCCUCUAUCUCCUCCCAUCUAUCUCCUCUAUCUCCUCCCCUCUAU